AUAUGAACUUAAGUUGCGCCGUCUUCUAAAUCUUGAAAACUUUUUUCAAUUAUUUAAAUAACUAAUUAUUUAAAUUAUUGAAAUACUCAUUCUUAGAUUUCCUAAACUGCUUACCUCUUAUCAGGAUAACUGAUUUUCAUGAUGAAUGACUGUAGAAUCCUAACUAUUCAAAGUCAUGUUGUCUAUGGCUAUGUUGGUAAUAAGUCUGCCACCUUUCCAUUGCAGUUGUUGGGGUUUGAAACUGAUGUAAUAAACUCUGUACAGUUCUCUAAUCAUACAGAAGGCUACACAACAUUUCUAGGCCAGAUGUUGGAAUCCAGUGAUUUGCUGCAGCUAUACAAUGGCCUAAAUAUUAAUGGCAUCGAUAAUUACUCUCAUCUCCUAACUGGGUACACAAGGUCCAAAUCUUUUUUAUUGAUGUUAGUUGAUGUAUGCAAGAAGCUGAAGAAGAAAAAUCCUAAUCUAAUAUAUGUCUGUGACCCAGUUCUUGGUGAUGAUGGCCGUUUGUACGUAUCAGACGAACUUGUAUCAGUAUACCGAGAUGACGUAAUCACACAGGCUGAUAUCAUAACACCGAAUCAGUUUGAAGCUGAAUUACUAACUGGAAUGAAGAUAACGAGUUUAAAGUCGGCAAAGGAGGUCAUGCUGAAAUUACACGAGAAGGGUCCAGAGGUUGUAGUUAUUAGUAGCACCAGUUUAGAGUUUAGUCGGGGUAUACUUGUUGCUUUAGCUAGUACAAUUGAAGACGGGGAAUUCAAAUGUCUAAAAAUAGAAAUUCCAUAUUUGAAUGCUAAUUAUAGAGGGUCUGGUGAUCUAUUCUCUGCACUCCUAUUGGCCUGGUGGCAACGAACUAAUUUCGAUUUAAAAACAACCUUAGAGAUAGUUGCAUCAACAAUGUACGUCGUUCUGAAAAAUACAUUAGACCAUUACUUUAAAUAUGACGCAUUCUUACGAAGGCCCCAUUCGUCAGAAAUUGAAUUGAAAAUAGUUCAGAGUAAAAAAGAUAUAGAAGAACCAAAGAUAAUAUUGAAGGCUGAAUAUUUUUGA